AUGGUUAGUGCUACUAAUACAGUGAAUUCAGGUGUACCACCAAACCCAGCAGCUCUGAUCCAGGCUGAAAGAGCAGCAUCCAAAUUUGACCCCAAGGAAAUGCACUAUUUCUUAGAAGGGGGUGAGGAAAGAGCUGAAAAAUUCAAGCAAAUGAUGCAACAAAUGGAAAGAGAUCCUAUAUUAUCUGCCAACUUUCAAUAUUAUGAUUUGACCAAGGACCAACAACGUGAGUUGACGGCUUUAAGAAUUGACCGUUUAACCAGAUACAUAGAAAACGAAAGUUUCGAUGACUUCAACAAGAGAAUGUCGCUUAUGGGAGUUUUCGACCCACAAUUAUCCACCAGACUUGGUAUUAACUUGGGUUUAUUUGUUUCCUGCCUCAAGGGUAACGGUACAGCCGAACAGGUGAAGUACUGGGCUAUGGAUAAGUCAGCUGUAUACAUGAGAGGUAUUUACGGUUGUUUCGGUAUGACUGAAUUAGCUCACGGUUCUAAUGUUGCUGGUUUAGAAACCACUGCUACUUUCGACGAUGAAAACGACGAAUUCAUCAUCAACACCCCACACAUUGGUGCUACUAAAUGGUGGAUUGGUGGUGCAGCACACUCUGCUACGCACUGUUCUGUCUACGCCAGAUUAAUUGUUGGUGGUCAAGAUUACGGUGUCAAGACUUUUGUUGUCCCAUUAAGAGACUCCAACCACGACACAAUGCCAGGUGUCACCGUUGGUGAUAUUGGUGCCAAGAUGGGUAGAGAUGGAAUUGAUAACGGUUGGAUUCAAUUCUCCAAUGUCAGAAUCCCAAGAUACUUCAUGUUACAGAAAUUCUGUAAGGUUUCCAGCGAAGGUGAUGUUCAAUUACCUCCAUUAGAACAAUUAUCAUAUUCUGCUUUAUUGGGUGGUAGAGUCAUGAUGGUUCUUGACUCCUUCAGAGUUUCUGCUAGGUUUUCCACCGUUGCUUUAAGAUACGCUAUUGGUAGAAGACAAUUCAAGGCUGGUUCUGCUUCAGACGACAAAAAUGCUUUAGAAUGUCAAUUGCUUGAUUACCCAUUACACCAACGUCGUUUGUUACCAUACUUAGCUUUAUCUUAUAUUAUUUCAGCUAGUGCUGUUAAAAUUGAAACCACCAUUGAAAGUACUCUUGAGAAUUUAGACAAGGCUGUUGAAGCCGAUGACAUGGGCGCUAUCAUGAAGUCUAUUGACAGUAUGAAAUCGUUAUUCGUUGACUCUGGUUCCUUAAAGUCUACUUGUACCUGGUUGGCUGCUGAAGUUAUCGAUCAAUGUAGACAAGCAUGUGGUGGUCAUGGUUACUCUGCAUACUCUGGUUUCGGUAAGGCCUACAAUGACUGGGUCGUUAUGUGUACUUGGGAAGGUGAUAACAAUGUUUUAGCCAUGUCUGUUGGUAAGCAAAUUAUCAAGCAUAUUCUCGGUGUUCUUGACGGUAAGAAGGUCAAGGGUUCUGCAGAUUUCUUGAACAACACCGAGCAAUACUUGAAUGAAGAACCAGUUUUGAGGUCUGUUGAUGACUUGAAGGAUCUUAAGAAGGUUUUACUUGCUAUUGAAGUUGCCAUCAUUAGAGUUGCUUACCAAGCAUCCCAAACCUUGAAGGAAAACAAGGGUGAUUUCGACACAGUUGGUGCUGAAAUGGUCACUCUUUCUAAGUUGAACGCCCACCACUUCAUGUUGAGCGAAUUCUUAGACAGAAUGGAUUCAUUUGAAUCUAAGCAAUUAGUUCCAUACUUGGAAUCUGUCGCUAAAUUAUAUUCUGCUACCAUCGUCUUAGAAAAGUUUGCUGGUGAUUUCUUAGCCCAAGGUGUUUUCCCACCAAAAUUAAACGGUGAAUUGAAUUCUAAACACAUCCCAGAAUUAUGUAAGGAAAUUAGACCUAAUGUUAUCGCAUUGACUGAUUCUUUCCAACAAUCUGACAUGAUGAUUAAUUCUGCUAUUGGUUCUUACGAUGGUAACAUCUACGAAAACUACUUCGGUGUUGUUAAGGCCAACAAUCCACCUUCUAAGACAAAGGCUCCAUACUCUGGUGCCUUGGAAGCCAUGUUGAACAGACCUUCCAAGGAAGAAAGAGAAAGAUUCGAAAAGUCUACUGAAACUGCUAAGAUCUUAUCCAAAUAA